GUCGAUUGGAUGCCUUUGGCCCCACUCACGGACAAGGAACUCUGUAGCAGAGGAGUCGGUAUCAAGGAGGAGCUCAACGAUGUUGUCACCGAAGAGACAUGUCUGGAUAUUAAGGACGAACCACUGGAUUACGGAGAAGAAGUGGGGGAGGAAGUGAGCGACCGGAAAGUGAAAUCCGAAGGAUUUUUCUUUCAAAAUCUGCAUGAACUGAGAUAUGAAGCAAAUGAAACGGACUCGCAUGACCUGGUUCAGGAUGGUAAUGGCAUCUUAGGAACGCCAUUUCUGGCUGAGGACAGUGGGAGCAAGUGUUCAUCAGAUGGGAAUCAGUCGAUGUACAAGGAAAGUCCUGAGGGGGAUAUACAAACAAAAGUGGAAGCCACAUUGAAACGUCAUGUAUGUGACGUGUGUGGCAAGAAAUUCUCUUCUUGGAAUGGGAUCAAAGAACAUAUGAGAGGCCACACAAAGGAGAAUCGAUACAUGUGUGAUAUUUGCAAUAAGACAUUUUUUGUGAAAGGGAGACUAGUAAGGCACAUGAUAGUGCAUUCAAAUGAGAAGCCCUUCAGAUGUGAUACUUGCAAGAAGUCUUUCGCAUACAAGACCUCUCUUAUAAAACAUGUCAAACUACAUGCAAAGGAGAUUUGCCGCGAGAUUUGCAACAAGGCUUUCGGACAAAAAACUACUUUCGUGAAUCAUAUGAGAGUACAUACAAAGGAAAAGGCAUACAAUGAGAUUUGCAACAAGACUUUCAGACAAAAAACUAAUUUAGUGAAUCAUAUAAGAGUACAUACAAAAGAAAAGCCAUACAUCUGUGAGAUUUGCAACAAGGCUUUCUCAGAAAAGGGUGGUCUAGUGAGACAUAUAAGAAUACAUACAAAGGAGAAGCCAUAUAGCUGUGAAAUUUGCGACAAGUCUUUCACAUUAAAGUCUCAUCUAGUGAGGCAUAUGAAAAUACAUACAAAAGAAAGGCCAUAUAGCUGUGAGAUUUGUGACAAGGCUUUCAGAAUAAAGUCUCAUCAAGUGAGUCAUAUGAAAGUACAUACAAUAGAAGGGUCAUAUAGCUGUGAGAUUUGUGACAAGGCUUUCAAACAGAAAAUAACUCUAGUGAGGCAUACGAGAAUACAUACAAAAGGGAAUCCAUAUAGCUGUGAGAUUUGCAACAAGGCUUUCACACAAAAGAACGAUCUAGUGAGACAUAUGAGUGUCCAUACAGAAGUAAGGCCAUACAGCUGUGAGAUUUGCAACAAGACUUUCAAACUGAAAAUGACUCUAGUGAGACAUACAAAAAUACAUACAAAAGGGAGUCCAUAAAGCUGUGAGAUUUGCAAUAAGGCUUUCACACAAAAUAAUGAUCUAGUGAGACAUAUGAGUGUCCAUACAAAAGAAAGGCCAUCUAGCUGUAAGAUUUCCAACAAAAGAAUGAUCUAGUGAGUCAUAUGAGAGUACAUACAGAAGAAAAGCCGUACAACUGUGAGAUUUGCAACAAGACUUUCUCAGACAAAAAGAAUCUAAUGGGACACGCGAAAGUACAUACAAAUGAGAAGCCAUAGAGCUGUAAGAUAUACAAAAUAGCAUUUUAAUGGAAACGCAUUAUGGUGAGCCACAUGAGAAUACAUACAAAAAAGGAGGUAUGUAUGAAAUGGACCCUCACAGAAUCGUUAGCUAGUGCCACACAUGAGAAUACAUACAAACGAGAAGCCAAACAGCUGUGAGAUUUGUACUAGUUCUCGGUCUAUAUAUAUUUUACAUAGAGGUCACGAACCAUGUAAAAGGUGAAGGUCUAUAUAUAUACUUUCACCCAUAAAAGAUGUCUUUGUGGGGAUCAUGAGCAGCAGGAAUCAGCAUAUUUUAUAACAAAAGAACACACUUUCUCUUUACAUUAUUGGGGAUGAUUUGUCCCAAAUAUACGCUGUACAUGAUAUUCUUAUUGUGUAGUUCUUGCCAAGCAUAAUAAACU